CGCGCAUCGAGGAGGGGGUCAUUCAUUGAGAGCGAGACCCUGAGCAGCACGGGCAAGUACGGGCAAGCAUGUCCUCCUGCAGCUCGAGAUGGAUGCUUGUCCUCUUCUUCGUCCUCCAUGCAGCUGUCAACCACGCGCUCCUUGUCUUGGGCGUGUCGCCGGUCCGACUGAUGGCCAGCAGAUCGCCCUUGACGUUUGUAAGGAGGAGACUUUCCAUGUGCGAAACAGGAGGAGGCGAGGCAGACGCAGACGGUCGAGUUGGGCUCAGCCUGGAGCAGCGAAAGGUGAAGGCGGUGGAGCUGCGCAACCAGGCGGUGGAGCUCGAGUCGUCAGCGGCGACGCUACGGAAGGAUGCGGUAGCGAAGGAGCAGCAGGCAGCGAAGCUGCGGAUCGAAGCAUGGCAGCUGGAGGGGACGGUGUCAGCGGUGACCAAAGAAGUGACGCUGACGGACAAGUACGAGAAGCAGCUCGCAGAGCUGGACCUCAUGGCGGAAGACUGGAUCGACACGGACGAGGAGAAGUGGGAGUGGUACCAGAAGCAGCGGCAGAUGAUCAAAGACAUGAUCGAUGCCCAGAAGGAGUACGACCAGCGAGCCAACGAGCAGCUCCAAGACCUCAAGGAGAUCCUCCUCGACCUUCAGGACAUGUUCAACAUCGUGACCGUACAGGAGGACGGGAACAUAACAGCUGCAGGCUGGACUUUCGUCAUCUUGUCUGUUCUGAUCCCAGUGUGGAUUGGCUACGAGCUCUUCCUGCUGCUGUCUUCCUCCUCCAGCGCCUUCUUCGAACUCCUCGGUCAGGGCACCAGCAAGGAUCCUUUCGACGGCGUGCAGUGAUCUAGCCCAGCUCAAAGUCAAAGACGAUCGUAAAGCAUGACGAGCAAGCUGACCUCACGGUUGGAGGCUCUCACGACCUUUCAUGGC